UAAAGUAUGCCGGUAUGUGCGUCUGCUACCAAUCACAUAUCAUUCCGCGGUUAUGCUACGAAUGGAACUAUAUGGAGAAGGACCGGUACCAGAAAAUCUAGAAGCAGGACCGAUCAUCUCGUUACUUCAUGGUAAUGCACCGGGCGAAGGCUUCGUUCUCAAAGACGAUGGUUCGAGCAGUGGGUUUCUAUGCGGUGAGUCUUGGAAUCUUCAGAGCGCUGAGGUGGCUUGUCGUAUGCUCGGCUUCAUUGGGAUUGAAUCAUUCACUCAACGUGUUGUGUCCUCCAUCCCUUUUGAUCCUAUUUCCGUGCAAGUCCUUCGUGAUGGUUACAUCUGCAGUGGAAGGGAGCAUACACUUUCCGAAUGCACGUCAGUCACAAUUUAUCCUUCAUGCACGACGGCAGCUGGCGUAGUUUGCACAAACAAUAUCGUACGGUUGUCCGGCUCUUCUCUUCGUCAAUAUGGACAUGUAGAGAUAUACACCAACACGACCGGUUGGGGUUCAGUUUGUGCCCAGGACUGGGACGACCAAGAUGGCCAGGUUAUUUGCAGAAUGCUCGGAUAUCCAGGGAUGUCAAGACGCUCCUCAUUAGAGUGCCAACAAGUGACAUACUCCUAUUACGAUUGGCGAUCCCCUAAAUCUUUGUGUCGGGUCGAUUGCUACGUCGAUGACUCUUAUCCCUCCUGGUCCAGUAACGCUAAGGACGGAGACAUCGAUAACUCUUUUCCCUCCUGGACCAGUGACGUUGAAACAACAACGAGGCAACCGCUGCAGAAAAUAUCUACUCAAAUGAUGACGACAGUUGACACGGCCUCAAACCCCACCACGGUUAGAGAGACGACCACCUCAGACCCGACAACGGUUAGAGAGACGACCACCUCAAACCCGACAACGGUUAGAGAGACGACCACCUCAGAUCCCACCACGGUUAGAGAGACGACCACCUCAAACCCCACCACGGUUAGAGAGACGACCACCUCAGACCCGACAACGGUUAGAGAGACGACCACCUCAAACCCCACCACGGUUAGAGAGACGACCACCUCAGACCCCACCACGGUUAGAGAGACGACCACCUCAAACCCCACCACGGUUAGAGAGACGACCACCUCAGACCCGACAACGGUUAGAGAGACGACCACCUCAAACCCCACCACGGUUAGAGAGACGACCACCUCAAACCCCACCACGGUUAGAGAGACGACCACCUCAAACCCCACCACGGUUAGAGAGACGACCACCUCAGACCCCACCACGGUUAGAGAGACGACCACCUCAGACCCGACAACGGUUAGAGAGACGACCACCUCAAACCCCACCACGGUUAGAGAGACGACCACCUCAGACCCCUCCACGGUUAGAGAGACGACCACCUCAGACCCGACAACGGUUAGAGAGACGACCACCUCAAACCCCACCACGGUUAGAGAGACGACCACCUCAAACCCCACCACGGUUAGAGAGACGACCACCUCAGACCCGACAACGGUUAGAGAGACGACCACCUCAGACCCGACAACGGUUAGAGAGACGACCACCUCAAACCCCACCACGGUUAGAGAGACGACCACCUCAAACCCCACCACGGUUAGAGAGACGACCACCUCAGACCCCACCACGGUUAGAGAGACGACCACCUCAAACCCCACCACGGUUAGAGAGACGACCACCUCCAACCCGACAACAUUUAGACAAACGACCGCCGCAAACCCCACCACGGUUAGAGAGACGACCGCCGCAAACCCUACCACAGUUAGAGAGACGACCACCUCAAACCCGACCACGGUUAGACAGACGACCACCUCAAACCCGACAACGGUUAGCCAGACUUCGAUUUCAGCCUCUACCCACACUACAACACUGUCACCAGUCAAAGGAGCUAUAGAUAAAAUAUUAAAUGAGACUAUCACGGUAGACAAUUUAGACAUCGUGUCAGUUGAACUGGCGAACGUGACUGAGGAUUCGAACAAAUUUGAUGUGGAAGAUCUUCAGUCUGUCACAGACAAACUAAGUUCAAUUGUUGAAUUUGCGUCAAACCAAAACCUGACGGAAGAAGCCAUCGUACAGGUGUCUGAGAGCGUGAUAGGAGCAGUGGAUAACAUCUUGAACAUCCCAGAGAGUACCUUCGAGACACCGAGCUCCCAGCAGGUCUCAAAGACAAAGAACAUAUUGACUACAAUCUCCACACUUACUGAAGCCAUUCAAAAGGCAUCCACCAAGAACUUCACCUACAGUGGAUCAAAUAUUGUACUGGCAGCUGUCAAAGUAGACAGGAGAAAAUUUCCCCUCACGACGGCGAUAGGAGGAGCCAUGGAUGACGACAUAGACUUUUCAGCCAAUGAAGGAUCUCCGUCUAACGCGGCAGGUGUAACGUCAGUAUCUCUACCGGAAGCAAUUCUCCCUUCAGUAUCUGGUACUAACCAGGUAAUAUCCGUCAGCGUGUUUCUACUAAACUCGCCCAAGCUGUUUCAGGGUGACAGGCCGUCCUCAUCCAGUACUCCAUCGUCUGGAGACGAGCAGAAUCAGCAACCGAAGACGGUGUCGGUUGUCGCUUCUCCUAUCUUAACUGUGACCAUUGAGGGAAUUGAUAUCAAAGACCUCCCUGAUAAUGAAUCAAUUGUCUUUGUGUUUCCUGUGAAUCAGACAUUGAUUAGAGAAGAAAAUGAUGCUGAGGUGUCUCAACGUUGUGUGUAUUGGGACAUCGACUUAGGAGAAUGGUCGGACGAAGGGUGUAGAACCGAGAAAAUGGCUCUUGAAGGGAUGGUGUCUUGCCGGUGCUCUCAUCUCACGAGUUUCGCCGUUCUGCUGGAUAUCAAAGGAAGUAUCAUAUCUAAAGCUCUUGAUGUAAUCAGUCGCAUCGGUUGUAUAGCUUCGAUCAUUUGUCUCGUCAUAACCCUCUGCGUUCUGCUAGGUUUUAGGAAACUGCGCAGGAAACAGCCACAGAAGAUACUUAUUAAUCUCAGUUUCGCGCUACUAGCUCUGUACGUCACUUUCGUCAUCGGUAUUGACCGACCAACUUGGAGGAUCAGCUGUACUGUGGUUGCUAUACUAUUGCAUUACUUCUGCCUUGCAUCGCUUGCUUGGAUGGGUGUAGAAGCCUUCAACAUGUACAUGAUGUUUGUUAGGGUUCUGAAUUCAUACAUACCGAAGUUUCUACUAAAAUGCGCUAUGAUUGGUUGGGGCAUUCCAUUGGUCGUCGUCAUAAUAGCAGUUGCCAGCAAGUGGACAGCUUACCAAAAUUAUGAAUACUGUUUCAUUCUCCCUGGAUAUUCGUUAUACUUCGGACUGAUCCUUCCCAUCGGACUCAUCCUGUCAUUCAAUGGCAUCAUUUUCGCUAUGGUACUCUACAAACUGAGCUGUGGAAGGAUAUCAACCUCCAAGUCAAGCACAUUGGAGUCAAAGAAAGAGAAUAUCGUUAAAGCGCGCAUGGAAGCCAUUCGCCGCGCCCAAAACGCCAUCGCGAUAGGCACGCUGAUGGGUCUGACAUGGGCUUUCGGGUUUCUGUCUUUUGGUGGCGGUCGCUACUUGUUUAACAUCUUAUUCACCAUCUUUAAUUCCCUUCAGGGAGUUUUUGUCUUCCUUCUAUUUGGCAUCAGGCAACCAGAGCUGAGAGAAAAAUUGAAGAUGACUAAGAAGCGUUUUCUGCAUGGUGCAUCGUCUGCCCGUAGACGCAGUUCUGAAUUUUGGGCAUCGUCGAGUGGAACACGUAUGACCCAGCGACCUUCUGACGUCACGUUCAUCUCGAUGGUUAAAACUGAUUCUGUUGCUGAAGGUCAGGCUUCCACGUACUUCGAAAGUACUCUUGAUACAGGUCCACCUUUAAAUAAAUUGUCGAAUGAUACCCUUCUUUAAUGACAGAACAGAAACAGAUCUCUAAGAUUCGAUACAGUGCGACCCAGAAAAAAACGAAACCGAGAAUUAUCGAUGUU